AUGACGAAAGGAAAGGUUAUGGAAGGUGUAUUCGCCAUUAAUAAACCCAGCGGUCGUUCUUCCGCCCAAAUCGUUCGCGAUCUUCAAUAUCACUUUAAUCCCUCACAAUUAUUUGCUCCAUGGAUCGAAAUAGAAACCAAAGCUCGAAUUGCUGAAAAUCAUAACCAGAAACAGCGACGCAAGAGAACGAAUAAGAAUGUUCAGGUCAAGAUUGGUCAUGGAGGAACUUUAGAUCCAUUGGCUACUGGAGUACUCAUUGCUGGUAUUGGAAAGGGCACAAAAGAGUUAGGGAAUUUCCUUCUCUGUACAAAGACUUAUGACACAGUUGUAUUGUUCGGAGCCGCGACCGAUACAUACGAUAAAGAUGGGAAACUCUUGAAGAGGGCACCAUAUGAACAUAUCACACGAGACAUGGUCGAAAAAGGACUUGCCAAAUACAGAGGAAAGUUUAUGCAGCUUCCACCACUAUUCUCCGCUUUGAAGAUGAACGGUAAGCCUCUUUACGAAUAUGCGCGCGAAGGAAAGGAAAUACCCAAGGAGAUUGCGAGGAGACAGGUUGAUGUUUCAGAAUUGGAAUUAUUGGAAUGGUAUGAAGGUGAUGAACAUGAAUGGAAAGCACCGACUGAAGAAGCGGGUUAUGCGGAGGUGAACGUUGCGGCCAAGCUUUGGAAACAGGAGAGGGCUGAACCGGCGUCUAAUAAGAAAGAGAUUGAGAAUAAGAGGGCGUUGGAGGAUUUUGAGAGCCGAAAGAGAAAGAUGGGUAAUGACCAAGAUGAAUUGGUGUUGGAAAGGCCAGUCAAAAAAGCAAAGGAGGGGAGUGAGGAGGAUAAUCAGGAUGCGAUGAUGUCGGGAGGUCUCUUUUCCGAUAAAACGCCAGUGGAAGAUCAACCAAUUCCUUCGAAAGAACAAGUUAAGAAAGGACCUCCAGCGGUGAAAAUCCGCAUGACUGUAUCAUCUGGUUUCUAUGUUCGAUCAUUAUGCCAUGAUCUAGGUGCAGAUCUGGGAUCAGCGGGAUUGAUGACGAGCUUGGUUAGGGUCAGACAGGGACAAUUUGAAUUGGGGAAGAAUGUUUUGGAGUAUGAGGAUUUGGCAAAGGGAGAGGAAGUUUGGGGACCACAAGUUGAUAAGUAUUUGAAUGAGUGGAAUGGUGAGGAGGAGUCUUCUAAGGAAAGUACGGAGACGGCUACAGAGCCACCUGCAGCUGUAGAAGAAAUUCCUAGUGUGGAGACUGAGAUGAAGGUGGAUGGCGAGGAGGUCAAGAAGGAGAUGGAGAGUGUAGAGGUUGAGAAGGAGAUCGAGAGUGCAGAGAUUGAGGAGGUUGAGCGUGCAGAGGUUGAGAACAAGAUCGAGAGUCCAGAGAUUAUCAAGGAAGCCGAGGUCGAAAUCGAGGAUGUCGAAAUGAAGGAAAAUAAUACCGAGGCAUAG